AUGUCUCAAAAGAAUAUAGUCAUCAUUGGCGCCGGUGUGGCGGGCUUGACGACAGCCUUGCUGUUGUCUAGAAAAGCGGGAUACAAGAUAGUCGUGGCAGCUAAGCAUAUGCCUGGGGACUAUGAUAUCGAAUAUGCAUCGCCAUGGGCGGGUGCAAACUACAUGCCGGUUUCGGUGCACGGAACUGAAGCUGCGAAGUGGGAUCAAGACACCUGGGAACCAUUAGCGGACCUUGCCAAAAACUAUCCUGAGGCUGGAGUUCACUUCCAAGACUGUGAGAUACAUAGUCGCGCUAAAGACGUUGGAUCAGCCACGGCGACCUGGUUUGCCGAGCUCUUGUCCCCAAGUCCCUGGUUUUCAAAGGUUGUUCCUAAUUUUCGCUUGCUACCGAAGGAAUUACUGGGCCCGGGCAUUGACUCAGCCACAGUCUUCACCUCAGUGUGUAUUAAUACCGCUAUCUAUCUCCCCUGGCUGGUUUCUCAGUGUCUAGCCAAUGGUGUAGUUUUCAAACGCGCCAUCUUCAAGCAUGUGAGCGAUGCAUCAUCUUCUGGCGUGCAUCCAUCUGGUCAGGUCGAUCUAGUCGUGAACUGUACGGGUCUCAUGGCCUCCAAGCUUGGUGGCGUUGAGGAUGCGUCGGUAUUUCCAGCACGUGGGCAAAUUGUAAUUGUUCGCAAUGAAGCAGGCAAAAUGCUCGACGUGUCCGGGACGGAUGAUGGAGAUGAAGAAGCAUGCUAUGUGAUGACAAGAGCUGCGGGGGGAGGCACGAUUCUUGGUGGCUCGUACCAGAAGGGCAACUGGGAAUCACAACCGGAUCCAAAUCUUGCGAUUCGCAUAAUGAAGCGGGCUGUAGCUAUGUGUCCUUCUCUAACAAAUGGCAAGGGCAUCGAACAUUUGGAUGUUAUCAGACAUGGUGUUGGGCUUCGGCCCAUUCGUGAAGGAGGCACCCGCAUUGAGAAGGAGAAAAUUGAUGGGAUGUGGGUAGUCCACAAUUAUGGUGCCGGGGGUGCUGGUUAUCAAUCCUCCUAUGGUUGUGCAAAAGCUACUGUGAGUUUGAUCGAGGAAGCUUGUGGAAUUCGUGCCAAGCUUUGA